UUCAAUAUUAUAAUGUGUAUUUAAUUAUGUGAGUUGGCAGUUACAAUAGGACGUAGUGUAGAAGUAAGUCGGCUGGCAUCGAACGGUUUCUUCGCGCUUUGUCAAGAUGGCGGGAUUGGUAAAAAGUGUCGUUGAUAAAUAUAACUAUGUUGUACACGACUUGGCUGAUCCUAGAACGGCAGACUGGUGGGCUGUUUCAAACCCCCUGGUAAUCCUGUCCAUUUCAUCAGCUUACCUCUACUUCUGUCUGUCUUUGGGUCCUCGCCUGAUGAAGAACAGGCCAGGAUUCGAACUGAGGUUUCCGAUUUUGCUCUACAACAUCUUCCAAGUGCUGUUCAGUCUAUUCUUGAGUUAUGAGGGUGCUGUCUACAUAUUAAACAAGGAAUAUAAUCUAGCUUGUGAACCAGUCGACUACUCCAACAAUCCCAGAGCCUUAAGGGUGGCAGCAGCAACAUGGUUCUACUUCUUUGCGAAGGUCACUGAACUUCUCGAUACAAUCUUCUUUGUUUUAAGGAAGAAAUACAACCAAGUAUCCUUCCUCCACGUCUACCACCAUACUCUGAUGUCUCUUCUCAUAUGGGUCGGAGUGAAGUACUUCCCAGGAGGUCACAUUGUUCUAAUGGGUUGGUUGAACUCGAUGGUCCACGUCAUCAUGUACACUUACUAUCUGAUCUCGAGUCUUGGACCUCAGUACCAGAAGUACGUGUGGUGGAAGAAGCAUGUUACCUCUAUUCAGCUGAUUCAAUUCUGCAUAAUCUUCACACACAACAUUGCAGUUUUCUUCUACGACUGCAAAUACCCGAGAGUACUAAACGGCUUAUGCGCAUUAAACUCCUUAAUAUUCAUAUAUUUGUUCGGAAAAUUCUACAUAAAAAGUUAUCAGAAGGAAAAUGCGCGCAAUAAAGCUAAAUUAGAGAACAAAAAGAGUGCUCCAGUAUCAAGUGAUUUUAGAACCAAUAGGAAAUUAGUGGAAAAGUCUCGAUAACCUUCAACUUCAUUGGCAUGUACAGUAUAAUCUAAAACAAAACUAGUGUGUACUUAA